GAAAUAAACUGAGCGAAUUAAGUGUCCCCGUAUAUGAAACUUGAGAUCAUUAUAUAUUACAGCCUAUUAAUUCGCUUGUAUUGAUAAAAGUCAAUGUUAAAAAAAAAACUCCCUCCGUUCUCUCCUCCCUCCCUCGUGCAUUCGACUUUGGAAUCCCACUGAAUACAGUCGUAGGCUCUUAAACUGAAGAGACGUUGGAGUAGCUGUGUCCCUCUUCGAAUUCAUCUUUUUCAUCUUUCACAGAAUGGCAAAGUGUGGAGGCUGUGGCCCGGGGUACAAGACUCCUCUGGAUGCUAUGAAGGGGCCUCGUGAAGAGAUUGUCUAUCUGCCCUGUAUUUAUCGCAACACUGACAUCCUGAAACCCGAUUACCUUGCCACUGUGGAUGUGGACUCCACGUCACCCACCUAUUGUGAGGUGAUCCACCGCUUACCCAUGCCCAACCUGAAGGACGAGUUGCACCACUCUGGAUGGAACACCUGCAGCAGUUGCUUUGAUGAUAGCUCUAAGAAGCGCAACCGCCUUAUCCUGCCCUCCCUCAUCUCCUCCCGAAUCUACGUGGUGGAUGUGGGCACAAAUCCCCGGGCCCCAAGCCUGCACAAGACAGUGGAGCCAACUGAGCUGUUCUGGAAGUGUGGCCUUGCCAACCCCCACACCUCACACUGCCUGGGCAGUGGCCAGAUUAUGAUCAGCUCAAUGGGGGACCCCUCUGGCAAUGGCAAGGGUGGCUUCAUCCUGUUAGAUGGGGAGACAUUUGAAGUGGUUGGUAACUGGGAGCUGCCGGGUGAAGCUGCCCCCUUUGGCUAUGACUUCUGGUACCAGCCAAGACACAAUGUCAUGAUGAGUACUGAAUGGGGCUCUCCAAAGGCCCUUGCCAAUGGCUUCAACCUGGAGGAUGUCAAAGCAGGCCAUUAUGGGACAAGCAUCCAUGUUUGGGACUGGACAACUCACAAGCGUAUUCAGUCCCUGGACCUGGGGGAAGAAGGUGCUAUUCCACUGGAGAUCCGAUUCCUGCAUGACCCGGCAGCCUCAGAGGGUUUCGUGGGUUGCGCGCUUGGUGGAACAGUCUUCCAUUUCUUCAAGACUCAGAAGGGGAACUGGGAGGCUGAGAAGGUCAUCAGUGUUCCCAGUAAGAAGGUGGAAGGAUGGGUCCUGCCAGAGAUGCCAGGUUUAAUCACAGACAUACUGAUCUCCCUCGAUGACCGUUUCCUGUACUUUAGCAACUGGCUGCAUGGUGACAUUCGGCAGUAUGACAUUACAGACACCAGAAACCCACAUCUUGUGGGCCAGGUGUUUCUGGGUGGCAGCAUUCAGAAUGACAGCCAGGUCAAAGUGCUGGAGGACAAGGAGCUGGACAGCCAGCCACCACCCUGUGUGAUAAAGGGAAAGCGUGUGCCAGGAAGCCCUCAGAUGCUGCAGCUCAGUCUGGAUGGGAAAAGGCUAUAUGUCACGACCUCUCUGUACAGUGCCUGGGACAAGCAGUUUUAUCCAGAUCUUAUCAAGGAGGGCUCUGUGAUGAUGCAGAUUGAUGUGGACAAUGUGAACGGAGGCCUGAAGCUCAAUGAGGAUUUCCUUGUUGAUUUUGGAAAGGAGCCUGGUGGACCAGUUCUUGCCCAUGAGCUACGAUACCCUGGAGGAGACUGCAGCUCUGACAUCUGGUUAUGAACAGGAUUUGCUUCCUUCCAUGCACUCCCAUUGCUGUUAUCUCCUGAAAUGAUUUCCAGGGCUCCUAACUCAGCCUAAUGCAGUUAAUCUAUUUCACAUACGCCAUGUGUACUGUAGUUAUGCAAUUCACCCAUCGUGCUUGCCACAUAUUUGUUUCAUGAUGCAUCUUAAACCAAUGAAUAUUCAUUAAAAUUCUGUACAUCCAUUUACUAUAUGGUAGCCUACACCACUUCCACCGAUGAUCUCACUUGUUUUAGGUGUGGUUUCAUGUGUGAUUACAAGUGGCUUCAUCACAAUCAUUGAUUGUAUUAAGUGUCAAUCUGUAAUAUUUUCAUAUGAACCCAUUUAAUCCUGUUGGUCACAAUUGUGACCGUAAAAAUAUUUUUUGCCACCAGUCACAACCGGGGCCAUGCAGAGACCUUUUUCAAAGUCAGGAAAGCAUACAGACUGAUAAUAACUGUUUACGACACCCAGUUAUUGUACAUUAUAUAUUUAAAUGAUUGUAAGCGGUAAUAAUACAGAUACUUUCUUUUUUUAUCAAAUCAAAAUCAGCCACCCAGAACCACCUCCCCUACGUAUGUGCCUGUAACCGACCGAUGUGGCCAAAUCCACCAAAAUUGAAAAAUUAAGGAUUGGCAGUUUACCUUGCAGCCUUGCAUUGUCAGGCACAGACCAAUGUAUUUGUUAAUGACCUUAAUGACUUAGUGAUUUGUCAUAGUAGCCUAUUGAUAUACAAAUAAAAUGUAUUGAACAGACUUGUGAAUGUUUCGACCCUCACAACAACACUGAUUCUUGAAAUGCAUUGUGAGCGAAUAAACGGUAUGACUACGUUG